AGGUUAAUUGACGUAUUUAGCCCCUUCCCUCCAGACGGUACGCUGUCUUUGAGGCACAGAGAUCCAACUCAUCCACCCAAUUCUUCCCUCCUUCCACGUGCCUCGCACGUGUCAAACUGGUCGUUCCGCCGCUUCCCACGCUGGCCCAUAUUUAACCUUCCCGUGUGCCCGAGCACACCACACCAAACCAAACCCCUCGACGGCGGCGGCGGCGGCGGCGGCGAUGACUCCGUCUUAUCUCCUCCUCGUCCUCCUCCUCCUCAGCGUCUGCUCCUCCGCGGUAAGCUCACCGCUCUCCAUCACCACCACCACCACCCCCACCGCCUACGAAGUUCUCGAGUCCUAUGGCCUCCCCAUCGGCCUCCUCCCUCGGGGUGCUCUCGGCUACGAGCUCGACCGCUCCACCGGCGCCUUCACCGCAUACCUCAACGGCAGCUGCGCCUUCUCCAUCCGAGGAUCGUAUGAGCUCCGCUACCAGUCCACCAUCUCCGGCCGCAUAUCGCGAGGCCGGUUGCGUGCCCUGAAGGGGGUGAGCGUCAAGUUCCUGCUCUUCUGGAUCGGCAUCAUCGAGGUCGAUCGCCGUGGCGACCAGCUCCAGUUCUCCGUGGGGAUCACGUCAGCGGACUUCGGGGUUGAUAACUUUGAUGAAUGCCCGCAGUGCGGCUGCGGGAUGGAUUGCGAUCGCUUGAACGGAUUGCCCGAUGGUGAUCGGAUGUCGUUGAGGCGGCUGUCUUCAUCGAUUUAAGGUUUGUUUGGACUUUGGUGGCCUGUCAAACUUGAUGAUAUUUCAGCCCCAUCAAUGCUUAUGUUUUCCUACGUGUUCAUCACCACUCAAGUAUCUUAUUUCUUGUGGUUUUCAUUUCCUGUACAAUGUGAUUGUAUACAAGACAUUUUCAGGCUACCUUUGUUUUCUUUUGGUGAUGAAAUUACCAAAUUUAUGUGGUGUUUGGCA